AUUUUUACAUGUUUGGGGGUUGGCGGCGGAGUAUGCCCGCCACACGCGUCAUGCCAAGCGAACUUAAUCCUUUCUCUUUUUCAUACCACCACCACCACCACCACCUUUUGUUGCCAUGAUUUCUCUUCCAGUCCUUUUGUCGCUCUCUCUUCUUCCCUUCGUCGCUUCUCAGUCUUCCAAUGAUACCACCCUUCAGAUUGCCGCCAUUAAGGCUCAUUUCACCCAAUCCGAAAUUGUGCCCGACUUGCUGUCGUCUUUCGACCCCAGCGCCAUUCUCACAGUCAACUUUGAAGGUGUCGGAAAUAUAACGCCCGGACAGGCUCUCAGCCAGGAUCAGGUCGGCACGGCUCCUACUGUUACCGUCACUGCGGCGAACUCGUCGGUCGGACUCAGCGGCAAUUUCACUCUUGCCAUGGUCGAUGCGGACGUCGUUGGAACCAAGAACGCCCAGGUCACUCGGCACUGGUUGGUUAACGGAGACACUAUUUCCAACGACGCCCUUUCCAACUCUUCCGCCACAGCCAUUACAUCGUAUGCUGGACCAGCCCCAGCCGAAGGGAGUGGAGCUCACCGUUAUGUUAUUCUCCUCUAUCAACAACCCUCGACCUUCACCUCACCUGCUGGGUACACCGAAAACAUUGGUGUUUCUACCUUCGACUUGGCUUCGUACUUGUCUGACAGCGGCAUGGGUUCCCUCAUUGCUGGGACAUACAUGACCGUCGAGCAAGGAACCUCGACCGUUUCUGUUUCUGCAACAUCUUCCGUCAUUACCUCGACACUCUCUGUCGCUUCUUCAACUCACGCUUCGAGUUCUGGCGCCUCUUCUGCCUCAGGAUCCGCUGCUUCUACUUCUACCUCUGCCGGCAGCACGAGCGGCAGCAACGGGGCUUUAAGUAAUGGUGUUGGAAUGGUUGUCGCCGGUAUCGGCGGUUUAGUUGUAGGGCUGCAAGCGUUUGCCUAAGUUACUCGUUUAUAUUGUGCAUUACAUCUGAAAAAUAAAUAACACGCUCGUUCUUUGAUUGGGUAGCAGUGAAUGAUUUUUGGUAUAUAAUUAUUUUAUGAAACAAGUUAUCAUUCCUGAGCCAAAAAUGUGUAGAACACGGACGCUUAGAUAUUGGUUAGCUCCCAUAUCGCUCUCGUGC